GAGCAGCGCGGCGCUCCGUGAACGCGCCAAUCUGAACUCCACGCUCACUUGUCUGUCAGCCUUUUUCAUCUCACAGUCGCUCUUCGUGUCUCUCCAGCCUGAUGUUCAUUCCACCGGCCAACAGAGUCCCCGUGUAGCUGACACUGAGAGCCCGGUGCCGGGCAGCAGCUGUGCCAGGAUGCGCUGCCACAAGUUUUGGGAAGCGUGUUCGGUUGGAUUUUAUAUCUGGACAGCCUUCCUCUUCAAAGGAUCCUUGCAAGGAGAGCACCAGAGGAGGCUGUACAAGGAGCUGCUGGCUAACUACAAUCGAUUAGAGCGACCUGUGGUCAAUGACUCUGCUGCCAUUCUGGUGGAGCUCGGCCUCACACUGCUGCAGAUCAUAGACGUGGAUGAGAAGAACCAAGUGCUGAUGACCAACGCCUGGCUGCAGCUGUACUGGACAGACAUCUACUUGAGCUGGAAUCCAGAAAAAUACCCUGGAGUCCAGAACCUUCGAUUCCCUUCAGACCAGAUCUGGACGCCUGACAUCCUCCUGUACAACAGUGCGGACGAGCGGUUUGAUGCCACAUUCCACACCAACGUACUGGUGAAUGCAUCAGGCUACUGCCAGUACAUCCCCCCAGGUAUCUUGAAGAGCACCUGUUACAUCGACGUGCGUUGGUUCCCUUUCGAUGUGCAGAAGUGUGACUUGAAGUUUGGCUCGUGGACACAUAACGGCUGGCUUCUCGACCUGCAGAUGCUUGAUGUGGACACAUCCACUUACAUAUCCAAUGGGGAGUGGGAUCUUGUAGGUGUGCCAGCCAAGCGUAAUGAACUGUACUACGACUGCUGCAAGGAGCCCUACCCUGAUGUGACGUUUACAGUCACUAUGCGCCGCAGGACUCUAUAUUAUGGACUAAACCUGCUCAUUCCCUGUGUGCUGAUCUCUGGCUUGGCCCUGUUGGUUUUCCUUUUACCUGCAGACUCUGGAGAAAAGAUCUCUCUGGGCAUCACUGUGUUGCUUUCGCUAACUGUCUUCAUGCUUCUGGUAGCAGAGAUUAUGCCUGCCACGUCUGAUUCCGUUCCUCUCAUUGCUCAGUACUUUGCCAGCACCAUGAUGAUUGUGGGAAUGUCUGUCGUGGUGACAGUUAUCGUCCUGCAAUUUCACCAUCAUGACCCUCAUGGGGGAAAGAUGCCUAAGUGGGUUCGGGUGGUUCUGUUGAACUGGUGUGCCUGGUUUCUCCGCAUGAAACAACCCGGUGAUGAGAGAAAGCGGCCUGGUUACAAGUACCGUCACACCACCCAGCAUCACUCCAGCACCAGCUCCAUAGAGAUGGGCACAAUACCGAGCCUCACGGUGCCUCUGUCACAGACUUCCUGCCCCACAGGAACCUCCAAUGGCUCCAUGAACCUCUACUUUGGCAAUUACCACCCCAUAGACAACCCACACUGCCCAUCUUCCAGCGACUCCGGAGUAGCACUUGGGGGACGUGCCCAUGGCUCCCCCAGUGAAGACGUUGAGCCACCUGGAGGGAUUGGAAGCGGUGUUGGAAGUCUGGGGAUGGGAGUUGGAGGUGGGUUGGGAAUAAGCAUACCCCCACCAGAGAUCCAACGCAUCUUAGAGGAGGUCUCGUACAUAGCGCAGAGAUUCCGGGACCAGGAUGAGGCUGAGGCAAUCUGCAGUGAGUGGAAGUUUGCAGCAGCAGUGGUGGACCGGCUGUGUCUGGUGGCCUUCUCUCUCUUUUCCAUCAUUUGCACCUUCACUAUCCUCAUGUCAGCACCCAACUUCAUAGAGGCUGUUUCCAAGGACUUCACAUAACUGUUUGCAGCAGGGGGCAGGUAGAAGGUGUAAAACAAUUAGGGAUAAAGAGGAGGUUAUGAGAGAAAGUGGAAGGGAAAGAAAACAAUGGGGGGGAUGUAGUAAACAGAUACUGAAUCAAGCUGUAGAUAACUGACCCAAUCAGGAAACAAAAUUUUCAUCAUGACCAAUAAUCUACAUCAUUAUAUUGCAUCACCACAUUCCUCAUCAAAUAAGGAAAUGCAUAUUCAUUUUCUGGGCUGCACAGUGACUCGGUGGUUAGCACCGUCACCUUGCAACUAGAAGAUCCCUGCUUUGCGUCCUGGUCUGGGAUCUUUCUGCGUGGAGUUUGCAUGUUCUCCCUGUACAUGUGUGGAUUUUCUCUUGGCACUCCGGCUUCCUCCUACAAUCCAAAAACAUGCUGAGGUUAAUUGGUCUUUCUAAACUGUCUGUAAGUGUGAAUGUGUGUGUGAUUGUUUGUCUCUAUGUGUAGCCCUGUGGUAGACUGGUGACCUGUCCAGGGUGUCUCCUGCCUUCACCCUAAGUCAGCUGGGAUAGACUCUAAUGAGCAUGAAGUGAUCUAUAGGUAAUGGAUGAAUGAAUAUUCAUUUCCCCACUCUGUUUCUAUGUCAGAGACAAAUUAUUCCUAUCUCAAAGAAAACUGAACAACGAAGACACGGAAAACACUAAAAGCAAAAUGUUUGGAAUCAAUAAGUGAAGUAGAAGAGUGCACUGUAUAUAUUUUUUACAUUAAGAUAUUGGUAAGGGCAAGGUAAUGAGCUACUAAUUAUCUUUACCCUGCAAACAGUGUAAAUAUUGUUUUAUUUGCAUUAUUCAUUAAAAACUGCUUUAUUUACUGUACAAUAACACAUACAACACUACAGCCCACCUCACUGCAGAACCCCCCGUCAGCUGUUGUUGCCCUGGAUGUACAAAUCCACGUCUGUUCAAGCCCCACCUCAAUCUGAGCUCACACAUCCACUGUUACCAUUUUGAACUCUUGAUAUGGAACUCACAACCUGUUUAUAAUGAAGCUCCAUCCUCGUAAUGAUGUUAGGCUAUAGUUGCUAAAAUGAGAUGUUUCACUGUGAUUCUUAUUGUUUUUGUUUUCACUUCGAUCAGCAGAGCACUGGUGGCUUUGACGCAAGUGUACUUUCUUAUUCAUCUGUGUAGGAAUUCCUCUUUUAUUUCACUUCUCAUUCUGUCUUGCCUGUUCAUUUCGAAAUACAGAGUCUGUAAUGUAAUAGGAGCAGCGUGGGACAGUGUAUAGUAAUAUUAAAACAUCUGGUAAAUUGUAUCAGAAAGUGUUGUGUGACAUGUAUGAGUGUUGACCAGUAACACAUGAUGUACAUGAGCACAGUCAAAUAGUGAAUGUUGAACUGUACAGGAUACCUUUUAACCCAGUGGCCUGACUUGUACAAAUUGUUGAUUUAACCUUUGGAAUCAGGUCAAGUAUUUGCAUCAUAUUUGGUAAAGAAAAGAAGAAAAACGUGUCUAACUGUUGUAAAGAUGUCGGUAUUCAUAUACUUACAAAAGGUGAGCAGGGAUUUGUUCAUGUUGGACUUGGGAAGUGAGCCGUGAAGAUGAAGAGUGAUAUUUCUGAACCUCUGACACCACAGAUAAAGGCUCAUCAGUAAACAGAAAACUUCACAGAACCAUUGCUCACUAUGUUGCUGGAGAAUAUGCUGAAAUGUACUGAACUGUCUGUAAGAUUUUUCUGUGUUUUGUUGAGGGAGCCAAGAGACUGAAAAUUGUACAUUUACUUACUUCCACUUCCAGUUACCAGACACAUUUUUGUUGUAACUACAUUGGUCUCUUUAUCUCUUGAGUGUAAGUUUUUGACUCUCCGUGUUAAUAAAAGACUAUUUAUUCUCUAUAUAA